GUUUCUUCGGCCGCUACUGCUGUUCUCUCGCUUAUACUUGCAUUCAAUCAGGUUAAUUGACCUUCUCUUUCUAUAUUCCCAAUAUCUUUCAAUUUAUCAAUUUUGUUCCUUCUCACUCUUUUGAGAUCGUAGUUAGGGUUUUGAUCCUGAAUUUUUUGGGGUUAAAUUCAUGUUUUUAAGCAUAGUAGCUAAACAUCUGUUUGGUGCUAUGGUUCUAGAUCCAUGUGUGAUUAUUUAGAGAUUGUAUUCGCUUGUGUUUGGUUUAUGGGAAUGCUUGAGAAACAUACAGAAAAUAAUUGAAAAUCUGGAAAUGGAUCUAUACUGUCUACGGUGUGGGUUGAUUCUCAUCCCAUCUGGAUGAGACAUUAUAUCAUGUAUUAUGAGUGUAUGGUAAAUUGUGAUAUAUACCAUGUAAGUAUGCACCUAAUUUCUAUUUGCUUCUUGAAGUUUCAAUUGCAACAAUCAAAUCCUUAAAAUUCUGAUUAACUUUCAAUUUAGUCAAUAUAUCCAAAUUCAUCUAUUUAUUCUGAUGAAUGACCUUUUGUAACCAACACGUGAUUUGGUAAAAGGGCAUAUUCGUUCACCAAAUGUUUUUUCUUGCAUUGGUCAGAGAACCAUAUUUCAUCAUAUCUAAUUCUUAGAUAAAGAAGAUAACUGACAUUAAAAAAGAAUACAUCGUUAAAAUUUGAGAGAGAUUGUGUGACACACAGAAAAUAUUAUCUCUUUAUUUGCAAAAAAAUAUUUUUUAUUGGACAAAAAUGCCUUGGGGCUAAGUUGGGUGAGGUUCAUUUAUCGCAACAGAUCAAUAGAUGUAGGAGAAAGGACUAACUUGAAGCUCAGUUAAAAUUUCAAGGUUUUUGUUGUUGCAAUUGAAGCUUCAGGGACUAAAUAGAAAUCAAAUAUACUUUUUAAGGGCAUAAUUUAUAAAAUACCCUUUCUUGUAAAAAUAGUUCUCCUAAUGUGCUUCAAUGCAGAGUAGCAUAUUCCUCUUAUAUAUGUGACACAGUGACAGCUACUUUGAUUUUCGUGUAUGAUUUUCUGGGGUGUUUUGUGGGUUAAUUGGUUUAUCAAUUGUUUGCUUUAUAGAGCACAAUAACAAAACUUGAUUCAUGUAACCAACCUUAAAAUGUUGGGAUAAGGUUUUGUUGAGUUGAGUUUGUUUAUCAACAGUCUAUGUGCUUUCUGAACGUGAUGCCCCCAAGUUUAGGUGCAAGGGGCUCAAUUUUGUUGUAUUCAUUACUCUUUUAAUGUACAACAUUCUGUUAAUCAUCACAUAUACAAUUGGAGAUUUGAUAUGGGAUGUGUCCUUUAUCUUUGGUGUAUUUUUGUUUCAGUGAAGCUCUCUUCCUCUACCCUCUACUAUAUCGCAUGCCAUGAGUUUUUUUUUAAUCUGGCUGUAUUUUCCAUUUCAACUCUCUUAUACUCUUGCAGAAUGGAAUCUCAAAUCAAACAUGCCAUCGUAGUGAAAGUUAUGGGUCGCACAGGAUCCAGGGGGCAGGUGACUCAGGUGAGAGUCAAGUUCAUUGAUGACCAGAACCGGUUUAUCAUGAGAAAUGUCAAGGGACCAGUCAGGGAGGGUGAUGUUCUCACCCUGCUCGAGUCUGAAAGGGAGGCAAGAAGCAGGGCAUUUGUGGUAAAACAUUUCUUUGUCUGCAAAGCAGGUUGUGAUGGAAUUCUCAAGUCCAGGUUGAAGAUGGAUCUAAAGCCACUUCAGCUCAGAACUGAUCUUGGGGUGGCUUAG